CUCAGGGAGGAGGAAGAGGCGGGACUUGAGCACCUGCCACUUCCUGCUCUUCUUUUCCCGCCUUUUCCACCCACUUCCCACAUAUUGCUGCUCUUUUCUUGAGGGAGAGAAAGACUGCCCCUUUAAGACUCGUCUCCAUGGCAACCUAAUCUGGCCUGCAAAAACACAUACGCAAACGCCUGCAUGGCCUUGAAGGGUUCCACUCCGGCCUACAAAACCAGGCCCCUUUUACAAGAUGGCUGAGGGUUAAAAAAACCCUUCCAGUCUGGGCCCUGCUCUGUCUUAAGCACCGCUGGGCCAGGCUGGAGGAUCUCAAGGGGUCCUCUUAUCUAUUUCUGGCAGAGCUGCGUCUCUUUGGUUUCUCUUGCAUAAAUUCACCAUCCUUCUUGCCCUGUCAGGAGGCCUGUGUAGCCCUCGCUUCCUUUCCCCACUUCAGGACCAGUAUAUAAAAAUUACAAGGAGAUGGCCUAAAUCCCACACUUUCCAGGCAUUUUAAGCUGGACUGUGCUGAGGCUACACCAUAUAAGAAAUCCAGGGGUGGGCUUCACUUACCUUUGCUACUGGUUCGCCUGCAUGCCACAUCUGCGCAUGCACAGAGCGUAUUUGAUGACGUCCAGGCGGAGGGUGGAGCCUCCUGCCGCUACAGGUUCACCCAAACCGGGGUGAACUGGUAGCAACCCACCACUGAAGAAAUCUAAAAACAUUUACAGUAAUAUAUUUUUCCCUAUCAAUCGGAAUCCUUUGUGAUACAUUUGCCUUGGCUGCAGCAAUAUGUCUAUCUGUGAAGAUAUGCUUCUUUGCAAUUAUCGCAAGUGUCGAGUCACACUUUCAGGCUAUGCGUGGGUCACGGCCUGCUCACAUAUCUUCUGUGACCAACAUGGCAGUGGAGAGUUCAGUCGAUCUCCAGCAGUCUGUCCAGCUUGUACCAGUGCCCUGUCUGGCAAAUUGGAUAUUGUUCGGACAGAGCUCAGUCCUUCAGAGGAAUAUAAAGCCAUGGUAUUAGCUGGGUUGCGCCCAGAAAUUAUUCUGGAUAUCAGUUCCAGGGCUUUGGCUUUCUGGAUAUAUCAGGUCCAUCAAGAGCGUUUGUAUCAAGAAUAUACCUACAGCAAAGCAGAGGGCCAUCUGAAGCAGAUGGAGAAAGUCUACACCCAGCAACUCCAGAGCAAAGAUAUGGAGCUGACAUCUAUUAAGAGUGAGGUCUCUUCCUUAAAGAAAGUAUUGGAGGAAUACAAAAAGAAAUUCACCGAGCUAUCAGAGAAACUAAUGGAGCGUAAUCGUCAGUAUCAAAAACUGCAGGGCUUGUAUGACAGCCUGAGAUUACGGAAUAUUGCUCUGGCCAAUCAGGAGGCAGGCCAUGAGCCUCCCAUGAUGCCUCAGCCUGCUGUCUUUGGUUUCCCUCUGGGUAAUGCUGUCGGGCUCAGUAGGAACACUACACCUAUGCAGGGCCAGCGUGGUGAAGGGGACUUCCAUUUCAAAUCCUUCUUUGCCUCCCCUCCACGCAUGGGCGAAUCUGCCAACGGCUUCUUUUCCUUUACCUCCCCUGACAAUGAACACCACACAGGAAGCAACAGAGCUUAUAAAAUUAAGAGAAUGUAAAUGCUAAUGUGCAAUUCAAUUUAAUGGCAGAACCUUCUGAAAACCCAAUUCUGAGGUUUCAAACUAAACAAAAUCUCAACGCUCGAAACCAGAUUUUUCAUUACAUCAGUGAAUGUUAAAUAUUUUCCAAGCCAUGUCAUAUGUUAAAGCAAGAGAGGGACAGCUUGCAAAGUCAAUAUUUUUUGAACAGUUAGAUAGUAUAUUGGGUUACUGUAGUUUACAGGUGUAUGAGUUUGUUACAUUCUUGUUAUUGUUGUGUCACAUAGCAACCUCCUUGUAAACACAAUAGUUCAGACACAUUCUCAGUGAUUUAAUUAUUGUGCAUUAUGAUUCAGUUUAAUUAGUGCUCAAAUUGCUUAUUCUAACAAAUCUGUUAUAAUAUUUUAAUCCAUUGAUGACUGUUUUCAAUUCUCACAUCUUAAAGUAGCAUGUUUUCUUCGAUGAGUGUCUAAUUAUAUUUGCAAGGUUUCUUCUACAUGUUUCUUUUGUUCAUUGCUACUUGUAAAUAAAAAUAUAUGGAGGGAAAAAUA